GGGGGGGGGGGGUGACACCUUGUCUACCCCUCCCUGCUCACUGAUUAGUGUGGAUGCAGCCAGGCUCUGGAGGUACAGUAGGUAAAGAAAUCAGGUCAUUCCAGUUCUCAGGCUCUCCCCUAGAAAUAUCAAGCCUCACCUGCUUGUUCUCGUUAGUCUUAUUCAAAACAGUUUUGACACACUUUCUCUGUUGCAACUGUAAGCAGGGCUCCCUGGGAAUCAAGCUAGAUCGCAGAUGCCUUUCUACAGAUCAGAAGCACAAGGUUUUUGAAAGAGAGACUCGUGCUCCCAGUGAAGAUGGCUUUUCCCUUGACACUUAUCACUGCAAUGAUUUUGAUCUUUGCCCUCCUAGAGGCCACUCAAUCUCAGAGUUCAACCCCCCCGCCUGUUGUUAUAUUGACCACCAAUCCUGCUAUAACCGCAGAAAUCUCAUCAACAAAACAACUCCAGGACACAGUCCAACCAACAUCAACAACAACAGUUGAAACUCAGCAUGCUUCAACCACGGAGAGAACAAACAGUUCAGAAAAUUCAUUUGCCACCACAACGGAGACAACAACAGCCCUCAGUGCAGCCACAACCACACAUAAUCCAACAACUCCAGCAGGCAACUAUUCAACCACAGGCACUGUUUCAUCUACCACUCCUAGCAACAGAAAUGACUCCACAACCCCAAGCAGAAACUUCUCCACUUCUACCCCAAGUGAUAACUUCUCCACUUCUACCCAAAGUGAAAACUUCUCCACUUCUCCCCCAUGCGGAAACUUCUCCACUUCUCCCCCAAGCGAUAACUCCUCCACUUCUACCCCAAGCGAUAACUUCUCCACUUCUACCCCAAGCGAUAACUUCUCCACUUCUACCCCAAGCGAUAACUCCUCCACUUCUACCCCAAGCGAUAACUUCUCCACUUCUACCCCAAGCGAUAACUUCUCCACUUCUACCCCAAGCGAUAACGUCUCCACUUCUACCCAAAGUGGAAAGUUCUCCACUUCUCCCCCAAGUGGAAACUUCUCCACUUCUCCCCCAAGCGGUAACUUCUCCACUUCUCCCCCAAGCGAUAACUUCUCCACUUCUCCCCCAAGCGAUAACUUCUCCACUUCUACCCCAAGCGAUAACUUCUCCAUUUCUACCCCAAGCGAUAACUUCUCCACUUCUACCCCAAGUGGAAACUUCUCCACUUCUCCCCCAAGCUUCUCAACAGCAGGUAAUGUUUCAACAGCAGGAACAAAAACAGCACUGAGCAAUACGACUGCAAAUACCACCCCUAUGACUACACAAUCUCCAUCGACCAACAAGCGCAGUACAACACUCAAUCACAUGAGUACCACCGCCAGCCCGAGGACAGGGAACAUAUCCUUUCCUUUCAAAGAUGCCACUCUUCACAGUAAAAAACAUGAAGAUGCCAUCGCAGUGGGGGCCAUCGUUGGCGCAGCCCUUGGAAUCUCACUAGUGGCUCUGGUCCUCUACUUCAUAUUUAAGAAGGCAAAAUCAGCGAGUGACUCCUUCAGUCACCGUAGACUCUAUGAAGACGUGUCUGCAGAUCCAGUUCUCCGAUUGGACAGCUUGGCCAAUCGACUUGAUCUACGCUACGAGGGAUCAGCAUCCUACAAUCCUGGAGUCACGGGGGACUCCAUCCAAAUGGCCAACAUCCACUCACAAGAGCAGGAUGCUUAGUGGACCUGGACAAGAAUGGGCUUACCUAAAAAAAAUAAUUAACACAACCCAGUUAUUUAUAAUGCAACUAUCUUCUUAGAAAAAAAAAAAAGAAACACCAUAAACAACAUAUCUGAUAUGCUGGCUGGUAUUACAGGCUUAAAAACCAACCAUAACAUUCAAUUUAACUUCAUUCAAUGUUCAACUUUCCUUUGGCAAGAGAAACUGCCUGUCUGUAAAUGCCCAAUGCUAGCAGUGAACACAAACAUCUGCAAGUUUAUUUAAUAUAGAAUUCUAAGCUAGAUUCCAGACAGACUGCUGUAAUGUUCUCAGGCAAGAACACAAUAUUUACUGUUCCACAUUACAGCAGUGAAGCAGGCUUAUCUAAACAAUGGCUGUUUUGGAAAUACCUGUACAGUAGAAACCAAUAGGAAUAAUGGUUAUUAUAAAUAUUUUGGGGCAUAAUAGUCACUGCAUUCUCUGUCACCUUCUUUUGGGCAAAACAAAUGCCCUGUUUUAUUUUAGUUUCAUGGUUAAAACCAAUUCAUGCUUCACAAAUUAUUAGCUGUAAAAAA